ACAGAUGCUGCUGGUGCUGGUGCUGGUGCUGGUGCUGUGCUGCCCUACUACAGCUAUGGCCUCCUCGCUGUCUUUGCUUUGUCCCGCCCUCGGUAAGGUACCCCACUUGCCACGCGUAGAUCGCCGUGUCUUCAUGUACCUCGACAUCCCAUCUACCUCGACUCACUGUACAGAUGCUAAACCUAGACCAUCCCGACCUACUUAGGUACCUGGAUAGGACUACCUUGACACGCUUCAUCUUCAUGGCUUCAGGGGACUGUCCUGUCCCUGAAGCUGAACCUCCCUGCGCCUGAACCAGAACACAUCUUCUUCGCUCCUGAACAUUCAACCAACAUCACGCAUUUUCAUUCAUCCUCCUCCUCCUCUCCUCCCCCUUUACACCAUAUCCCAUCACAUCACAAUCCAGACGACAUGCUCUCUGCCCCCCUUGCGGCACCCUUCUGACCAUCGCGCACACUGUACACCGUACACCAUCUACAGCACAGCUAAGCUCCACGACGAACCUAGAACCCCGCCAUCCACUCUCAAUCUGCCGUUUGCGACGAGCCCGCCGCCCUUGUCUGCCGCAUUUCGACCUCAAUCCGGUCCUACAGGAAACACAGUCCGGCCUCUCUCUCUCGACCUCUUCGCUACUCCAUCAUCACCGCUUCUCUAUCCUCGACGGAAGCCUACUCUCUUCCUCGUCAAUUCCCCCGUCUUCACAUCCAACCGCACAACCACACUACCAACCAUGGCGCAAGCAUCGCAUCCUACCUUCAUCAACCUCCCUCCUCCCACUUCAAGGCCCGACACACCCUCUGAGAUGCCCGGCACCCCCACGAGUACCACAACCUCCAUGUCGGCCCUCUCGACCACCGCCAUCAAGGACGGUCACCGAGGCCACUUCCCACAGGGUCCGGCUGGCGCCCGCGGCCACGCCCACCACCCCUCUACCACGAGCCUCGAGGCCGAGCGCGCUGAUCGCAUCUCCCGCCUCGCCGGCCUCGAGCGAGUCUCGACCCUCCGCGCGCCGCCCACCCAGCAUCAGCAGAACGCCAAUGCCUCCUCCCUCUCGCCCCAGACCACGCCCACCUCGACCGGCUUCCCCCCCAACUACCCGCCCAAUACCCACCUGACGCCCGCAUACUUCGACGCCCAUGGACAGCCCACCGCUGUCACCAAGAUGAGCACCGUCGGUACCGCUAGCGCCACCGAGAGCUAUGUUGGCGACGACAACGAGACCCGCACCGCCCCCGGCGAGCAGGACGAGGACAUGUUCAGCAUGGACACAAACUACCGCGAGGCCGACUCCGUUGCCAGCACCGGCGCCGAUCCCGAGCAGAUGGACGAGGACACGGCCCGUUCCACCGGCGGCUACGACGACCGCAUGAGCGACGACGGCUCCGCCAGCCUCGUCGGCUUCGGCGAGGGUGCCAACAGCACCGUCUCCGGUCCAAUCUACCAGCGCCGUCCCAUCCCCGGCGUCGCCGGCCAGGCCGCCGGCGCCUGGGGUCUCGAGCGGACCGCCUCUGGCCUCAGCAGCGACGGCGUCCCCACCCAGCGAAACCGCGACGUCACCAUGGGAGGCGAUACCCCGACCAGCGCCGCCGCCAUGCAGGAACGUCGCGACGCCCGCAUGAUGGACGGCACCACCACCGACGGCUCUGGCGUGCCCGGCGACGAGAUGUACGUCGACACCACCAACAAGGCCCCGGUCCCCACCUCCCAACUCUCCCAUCAACCCAACAUCCACACGACGACGACAGCCAGGGACACGGCCGAGCGUCUGUUGCGCGAGAGGCUGGACGGCGGCGAGUCGCGGGCGGGCAACCCUGCGCUGGGGAGUUCCCAGAGCGGCGAGAACCUCGGCAAAUUUUACUUUGAAGAGCGGAAAUAGGCCCAAUCUGUCAUCUUCAUUUCUUCUACGUCAUCGUCCUCGUCAUCGAAUUGGCAGAGGCGAGAAUUCUGCGGGUAGCUUUAUAUGGUUUCAUGACGGUGGGAAAAUGCGGACUUAGAGUCUCCGCCUGUAUGAUUUACACGAUUCGUUUUUUUGCGAUGGGUUGGAAAGGGGGAGCGGGGACAGACGGAUGGCUUGGUUGAUCAUGAAAGGGUUCUAGGUAUGGCUAUGGAAUGCAUGUUUUGCUGAUGAUUUCCCACGACGUUUCCUGUCCUUUGUGCGUGGCCUUCGGGCGAAGCUCGACAACAUCAUGCCAUGCCUCACGGUCUAUAGCUGUGAGGCCUGCCUGGUCGACCGUCUCGAACC